AUGAACCAACGAAAGAUGUCUGAGCCACACGUUUUCUUAACUAAAUCCUCUUCGCCAAUAGGCUUUCGCAAGAAGCGAUCGUCUGUCGGAAACAUCUCUCCCCUUGCCAAGACGACAAUCAUCAAUUCUCCAAUAGACUCCCCUCGUUCUGAAGGUGAACGUGACGAAGACAACUUUUGUCGGCUUCAAUCAUUUAUUGAUGCAUUGUCCCCGUCUUUUAUCAACAAGAGGCAUUUACAGAAAUUGAGUUGGAAGGGCAUAGCUUGGCAACUGCGGCAUAAAGUGUGGAAAGUUUUAUUAGGGCAGUUACCCUUAGACCAGAACAAGCAAGCGAGUACAUUACAAUCGAUGCGAGAGAAUUAUAAAACAACACGCGAACGGAUGUUGAAAGAGAUCUACAACUAUGAGCAAAGCCAUUUAGUCCAAAUUCGGAAAGAUUUGGUUCGCCCGAACAAAGACAUCUCAUUUUUAUUGAACAGCACUAUACAAAAGAUGAUGGAGAAUGUAUUAAUGGUAUGGGCUCUAAGACAUCCAGCGUGUGGAUAUGUCCAAGGGAUGAGUGAUAUUGUAGUUCCUCUUGUCUAUGUGUAUCUAACUGAAUAUACAUACGACGAAGCAUUAACAGAUGAUCGCAUUCAACGUAUUCCAGAGACUAUAUUACUUUGGUGUGAGGCUGAUAUAUAUUAUGGGUUUGAUAUGUUAAUGAUGCGGAUCCAAGAUCAUUAUACAUUAGACCAACAAGGAAUAAUGGAGAAGUUAAAACGAAUGGAAGUCCUCGUUUCCAAUUUCGCUCCAGAUCUCUAUCAACACUUAAAGUCGGCUGGCGUCAUUUUCAUUCAAUUUGCUUUCCGAUGGAUCAACUGUUGUUUACUCCGCGAAUUUUCAUUGAAGUCUGCCGUUCGAUUAUGGGACUCAUACAUCAGUGUCGAAGACGGAAAUGGCUUUGGUGAACUCAACUUAUAUUGUUGUGUAUCUCUACUCACGUAUUUUAAGUCAGACUUGAUGAAAAUGGACUUCUCAGAGAUGCUCCAAUUCUUACAACAUUUACCUACUGAAAACUGGGGAGAUGAAGAGAUACAAGCUCUUGUUUCUCAAGCCUUCGUGUACCAAAAUUCGCAAACUCAAAUCACUGAAUGA